UCUGAUGAUUGAGUAGAUUGGUCGAGGCUUUGCCAUUAUCUCCUAUUACUGAGGAGUUAUAUGCAGUCGCUUGCUUUCCGCACAAGACAGUCCUACAACAACUUCCUUUGCCCGCUGCCCGCUGCCUGAAGCUUGAGCUUGACGCACCUGCGUCUCCGCAGUCAUGACGGCUGGUCUAAAAACAAUCAUCGCUCUCUCCUUCGUACUUGCGAUUGGAUUUCUCCUUGUUAUACUCUCUUCGGCUCUCUGGCACAACUUCCUGCCGCUGACUGUUGUUGCGACAUACGUUAUUGCGCCGCUCCCCAACUGGAUCUGCUCAAGAUGCGCGAACCCUGAUGACUUUAUGGACAGCUCUGGCAAUGCCGUUGCCGACUUUGGCCGGUUCUUGACCGGGUUCCUGGUACUCAUGGGUGUUGCGCUCCCAGCCGUCCUUGCGCACAGUGGUGCAAUUCAAGUGCCCGCCAUGAUCAUGUCCAUCCUCGGAGGUCUACUGAUUUAUGGAACAAUCAUCAGCUUUUCAAUGUUUUUCCGGGAACAAGAGGAAUUCUGAGCUGCUGAGAUUUGUUUGAUGACCGAGUGCAAGUUUCUGAUACCAGAUUAUGAGCCAUUAUCGGGUCAGGUGAUCCUCAUGCUUGUGUCAUAUCAUGGCCCUGCUCCGACUUGAAUUUCCAUGUCUCAAUGAAUAUUUGCUUUCUUCUACGUGCGCUAGGAGUUCUUGAUGUGGGCUUUACAUGAUGUUCUAUCUUGGAGCAUGUUGUUAUUCGGCGAUCCGAUGGCUUGAUUUAAUUUAGCUACUUUCCCGUUACAUAUAGAAAUUGCAAGAUGAUUUCUAUUGUCUGCUGC